AUGCGGGCCGGCCAUGAUGUAUUGCUGAGCCUGAAGCUGUGGAGUCUCGGAAUCCUCGCAGUACGAGGAGGAUUCAACACAUGUGAGGCUUCACUGCAGCUUGACUCUCAGACGCAGGAUUGCAGCAUCUCCGAGACAGUGCCCUUCUCCGGUUCCAUGUUCCAGCAGAUGGCUGGCAAAGUGAACUCCACCGAAGCAUGCGCGGCACUUUGUGCCGGGGCGGCCCUUCAGGGAUGCGAAGCCUUCAUCUUCUGCAAGCCCGACGAGACUUCGCACGAGGUUGGGCUGUCGGUGGACUUCUGCAUGCUGCUGCAUGCAGUCCGAGAGGUGCCUGAUGACCGAAGCCCAUUCCCCGGCAGAUGCAGCUCUGGCCGCGCCUGCGCGUCUGAUUGUCGGGAUUUAGACUCUCAGCUAUCCCGCAUCUUUCCGGACGCUGAUGCUUCGCUAACUUCCAGCUGCUCGGAACUCAUUGGCCAUCAGCCUGGCAACUGCUGGUCGUCAUGGAAUGAUGGGAAGCGAGAGGAGGAAGCGACCGAUCCCGAUAUACGGCUGGUGCAGGCCCUUUGUCCGGAAAGCUGCCGGUCUUGUUCCAGUGCUGCGAUACGUGGCCUGUCAGUCGGUGGACGAAGCCACGCUACCGUGGCUGCAGCUGAGUUAGCUCGCAGGACGGAAUUGGUGCCUGCUACCCCUCAGUGCACAGUCGAACAGGGGGUGGUCUAUGAGGAUGUCGCUGGAUAUCUUUUCAAAUGGCGGGCCGUGCUCAAUGCCGAUAUUUGUGCCUCCUUGUGCUCAAGCAGCACAGACUGUCUUGCAUUCACCUUCUAUGCGGCAGACCACGCCGAGUUUUCGAAGUUCGAUUGUGUUUUGCAUAAUUCUACAGCUGCCACAAGCGGUCGCCGAUCGAACUCCUGCUGUAUCUCUGGACAAGCAUGUGCUGCACGGUGUCGCAAUCAAAACCUCUACGUGUCGCUGCUGAUGCAGACCAGUGGCCUCUCCUACAUCACCAACUGCGAGGAGUACGUGGUGUCACUCCUGUUUGCUCAGAAUGUGAGUGCAUGUCAGCACCUAUCAGAUCCAGAGCCAACAGAGGGCCUUUGCUCUCUCAGCUGCUAUGCACGUAUGCCUGGGAACAGUACGGAUGAUACCUACCCAACGCUGCCACCCAGCACAACUCCCACAUCAACAUCAACGCUGCGCCCUCCAGGGGUGGGCCAAGCCACUACUACAACCCCCGGGAGCACGACUACCUCCGUGACUCCUCGGCCUGGGGUUGCGCAGACCUCUGUCGGGUACACCCUUUGGCCAAGACGGCCAAGCUGUGCCCUGGUGAUUUCACUGGUCUUCCUGAUGACCGGGUGA